UCAAGAGCAGCUUUAAUUUUCCGUCCUCACGCGUUGAUUCACUAUAUUCAUAAUCCGCAUUCCUACCUUGAUCAUGGCCAAUACAUUGAGUACUGCUCGAGAAUCCUCGGCCACGGAUACGCUUCUCACCGGAUCAAAAGCCAUACAGGGACAAGACAAUAAAGGAAAGAAUAAGAAGAGCAUAAAAGAUGAGAGAGGCAGCAGUAAGGACAUUGAAAAAGAGAAUGAACCUCCUCUUAAUGAUGACACAAUUCCGAAGCAGACCCAGGGAACUAAGCUUGCGCCUAGUAGCGCUGAGUCCGACAAGGAGAAUUUUGCGGGCGCCAAAAAACGCAAGCGUUCACGAUCAACGCGAAUUGUACCGCUGAAUGAAUGCAAUGAUGAGGUUGAGGAAUCGGAAAGUGAAAGCAGUGAUCGCGACUCUGAUGAUGACUACGCGACUCAUGGAAAGAAGAAUAAAGUAGACUUGUCUGAGCACAUCAAACGGGGCUCUUCUAGGCGUCGACACGAGCCAGAGAUGUCAGAAUAUGAAAAACAACGACUGGAGAAUAUCAAGAGGAACCAGGAGAUGCUCCAGUUCUUGGAAUUACCUACAGUCACGACAGCUAUAAUGACAGUUUCUAUCGAAGACAAGAAUGACACAAGUCUUAGUGACCAAGAAAAGCCAAUAACUGCUUCUAUAAGAAUACGGAAGCAGCGUGUGAAGUCAGUUCCCAAAGUUGUACAAUCAGUCAGAACUUCAAACAGAUUGCGUGGACUCCCCGUGAAAAGUAUUGAGGUUGGGGAAGACGACAAUGUGCAUCGCGAGGAAUCACCAGCUGUCAAAAAAACUAAUAUCAAGACAGAGCACCGUAAUGAAGAUGAUGCUAGCGAUAACGAAGAAGAUGCAGCUAAUCUUAUGUCAGGAGAUUUAUUUUUUGAUGAGGAGACAAGAAAGAAAGCCAUUCGUGUCGAUGGCCAUUACAAGGGCUGGUUGAAUGAAGGCGUCAUGAAGAGAUAUGGCUUUGAAAAAUCUGCGCAGGAAGCAUGGGAAGCAAAUGGCGGAGGUGCAUUUUCAUUCAAAGACCUACAAGGGCUAGGUGAUAGUACAGGAGGUGCCAAAUCUAAAUCAUCAAAGAAACCAAAACAUGACGCCAAGAUGGUUGCAAAGGCCAUGUUCAAGAAAAACCCUAAUGCGUUUUUCUAUCGACAUAACGAACCAGGCCAAGAGCAAUGGACAGGAGAUUGGACAACAGAAGAAGGAGAGUUGUUUCUCAAGGUAGUAAAGGAAUUUGGAUGUGGUGAUAAAUGGGGUCUGUUUGCCAGCCACAUUCCACACCGCGUGGGAUAUCAAUGCAGCAACUACUACCGUCAGGUUGUCUUGCCUACAGGCCUGGUUUUUGACCCCAACUAUGAAUACACAUCAAGAGGCAAACCGGUUUAUUGCGGCAAGUACAACCAACGGCGCGAUUAAAAAAAUCCAUAACUGUAAAUAUCUAUAUAUCUAUCCUUCAAUAUGACUAUACAUUCUUAGUAUAUUUUCCGUUUGCAAUAAAGAAGGCAAAGAGAACUCUCUUACUUUGCCUGGAAUC